UACCUUUAGUAGGAGGCCUAGAAAAAUGUAAUACAUACAUUUGGGGUUCUGCUUGUCUGACGACACUAUAUAGACAUAUGUGCAAGGCAGUCCAUAAAGGAGUCAAGAGCAUAGGAGGAUGUGUUGUAUUACUAACUGUACGGGCAUUCACACGCAUACCCUUGUUAGCCCCGGUUAGUAACGAGGUUCCAUCACAUCCUUAUGCAUUAAGACGGUGCAAACGAGGUAUGAAUUACGGAAAUAAUCCUCGUCAUCAUCUACGAGGGUACCGUGUUGCAAUAGAACACAUGGAAGAAAACGAUUUUAUUUGGAGGUCGUACGUACAAUAUCCAGUGUCUGAUUACAAUGACAGCCGAGUUUGGAGUGCAACAACAUAUAUGGUAUGUUUCUUUACCGUUGAGAUGCAUCAGACGGAUCGAGUCAAACUCCAAUUUGGAUUUGAACAACAAAUACCAUCUCAGCCAAGAUGUCUAAGUGAACACCAUAACAUGACUAUGGUCCAAGCUUGGGACACACAUUGGCAAGAUUUAAACAAAGAAGAGCUAAAAGAAUGGAAAAGAAGAAGGCAUUUGGUGUUACAAGGAAACUCGGUAAUUGGUGAGUCUAAGCCGGAUAGAGAAUACAUGAAUUGGUUUUUAUCAAUUCCUUUUAUACACGUUGCUCCAACACAGUUUUUGAAUGAUCCACAUCAACGUGUAGCUUCUUCAAUCCAACAAACAACAUCACCCCCACAACAACAUAACCAACCAUCAUCCUCAGCUCAACAAACUUACCAACACACCCAGACCACACAACAACACACAAUUUAUUCCACCUUAACCCAACACCAUAAUCCCCACACUCCAUUCCCUCAAACAAACUACUAUUACAACCAACAAUAUCAACAACAAACCAACCUACGCCCACCCAUACAAUACACUCCAAUUCCUCAACCCAACUUUGAAUACUCAAACCCUCAUUCUCAACCCCAAACAUCUAACACCACAUUCGCACAGCCCACUCCUACAUACAACCCUGAUGAUGUCUAUUAUCCUCCUAUCCAACACACCCAACCCAGCACCUACACAUAACUCUCACAUUCACUACCCAACUAUGACCUCACCGAUGAUCAUCUAAUGAAUAUCCCUUCUUUUCGCAUUCAAGAUCUCGACAUUAUGGAUAUGCCUCCAAACACAUCACAACAACAUCAAAGUCAACAACAACAUCAACAACAAGACGCCCAUGAUGAAUUGUCUUCCGACUCAUCUCCGUCUCCCGCAAGACAAAGACAAGAAGACUUGGGCAAGGAAAAACGCAAAAAAGUUGGCACAAAAUGUGGAA